AGCACACGGAAGGUUAGAGUGAUGAUCCGAUCUACAGUUCGACUCAAACGAUAUUUAGAAGCUUCAGCCGGGUUCGUAUGUUUUAAGUAUGUUCUACGAUUAUAUUUGGAAUCGACUGAUCUGUUCAUUACUCUUUCUUUUUGCCAUUGGAAUCGAUCGAGAGGGCUUGAGAUGCCGGGCUUAACAUGUAACGCGUGUAACAUGUUAUUCGAGAACGAAAGCUUCAUUACAGCUCCGAUUGGCACAGUUACAAUCUCAAGCGCAAGGAAGCUGGAGCUCCUGGGGUUACAGAAGAGUUGUUUGAGGCUAGACAAUAUGCUCUUGCUAUGGAGAAAGGCAAAUCAGAUGAAAGGCUUAUGCUUUACACCUGCAGAGUCUGCGGUUAAGGUUACAGGAGUUCCAAGGCUCAUGAACAGCAUUGCAAGUCUUGGAGCCACGUUUUGCGCGUUUCACAAGGGACAACAAGCAACGGAGAUGAGGAUGUAGCGAUAGUCACGCCACUUCCUUGCCGUUUCAAGAACAAGGAUAACGAGGAGAGUGAUAAUGAGUAGGUGGAGGCAGAUUCAGAUGAGGAACUGGCUGAUGCGGAAGAAGAAGAGGCCUCAGAUUCUUUGUCUAAGUGAAUGUGCUCGGGAGCUGGUGGAGAAGAUGAUGCAGACAUGCAUAAGCACCAUGGUUUCUUUGUUCCGAAUGUUGAGUAUCUAAAAGAUCCAGAAGGCUUCUCACUUACCUCGGUCUUAAGGUUCGGACUCGUCAGUUAAGCAUUGUUGUAAAGCUUUGAAUUUUCUUAACUUUUAUUUACUCUUAUACCAUGGAUUAUGAUUCAUGUCAAGAGAGACUUCAUGUGUCUCUAUUGCAGCGAGCUGUGCCAUGCAUUCAGCAGCUUAGAAGCUGUAAGAAAGAGUCAUUGCGAAUUGCAUUAUGGUGAUAAAAAAAAGAAGCUAGAAAUAGAAUUCAACUUAGGUGAUUGUGAGGAAGAUGCUUUGUAUCCUGUUUCGUUUUAUUAAAAAAAAUAAAAAAACUGCUUAUUUGCUCUAACAAAAAAACAGUACAUCUUCCCCUGCUUUAACCCAGUAUCACGACAUAAAUGUUACAUGAAUUUUCCUAUUACAACACGUUCUUUUAUUACAAUAACUUGCACUCCAAGCUCCAACAAAUCCAACCAAAACAAGUACUCAACUCUCUACGCCGCUUACGCUUGGAAAACAUUUAAUAAUUGAAUUGUAAAUUUUGUAGCCAUUGUUGCCUUCACAAAAUAAAUUCAGUCAAACUUAUACACAAAACAAUAAACCAAUAAACCAUCAACUUUCCGUUUAGGAUAAACCAAUAAACUUCAAAAAAGAAAAAAAAACAAAUUUCCUAUACAUACGAACCUCAAAAAAGAAAAAAAGAAAUCCCUUAUACAUACAAACCGUAAACCAAAAAAAUGCAUCUCCCACAUUACCAAAAACUUUUAACAUUUUCACUCAGCAGGAAUCAAAAAUGCAUUCACAUGCCUUCGAAAGCUAAGGAUUCCAUGUCUGAGAUCUCCUAACAUGCACUCACAAAAUCCAUUAUUAGGUCUAGGCUCUCAAUUCCUAAUUGUCAAGAACUAAUAAUUCUAUCUCGAUUGGACUAACAACUAACAAAUGAAAAAUAAAACUAAAUGAAUUCAAAAUAGAAAACAACAUCCGAACCCGGCGCGUAGCGCCGGAAUACCCCUAGUAUAUAUAUAUAUAUAUAUAUUAAUAUAUAUUUGCUAACCAGAGUAACAUUUCAAAACACACACACUCUACCUUACCAACUAUAGAGGGUUUAUUACCAAUGAGGCUCAUUUUAGAGAAAAACAGUUUCAUAUGUGUCGUGUUCACGUAAAUUAUUACGAUGAAAAGAUACUCUUAAUGGAUUGAAAAAUAUUGUAUCUAAAUACCAUCACUACAAAACUUUAUUUCAUAAAUUUUAAAUUUACAUUCCUUUUCUUUUUUUUAAAAAAAAAAACAUAUAUAAUAAAACAGAAUCAUUUAUAAAUUUUUUAAUACAUAUAUAUAUAUAUAUAUAUUUGAUUUAAUAAAAAGGAAAAUUCACAAAAACAAUCUUGAUAUUAAGAAAAACAUUAAGAUAUAUUAAAAAUAAUUUUAAGCAAUAUUAUAUAUAUAUAUAUAUAUAUAUAUAUUCCAAACUAAUAAAAAUAUUUUGUUUAUAUCUAUCUUUUUCUUAAAUGAAACGAGUAUAUAUUAUAUAUAAGUGAUUUCAUAAAAAACAAGAUAAAUAAAAAUAGUCUUGAUAUUAAGAAAAUAAAUAUCUUCCCUUUGCAUGAGUCUGUAAAGUUGAUGACAAAAAAAUAUCUUCCCUUUAAAACAUAUUUCUAAGCAUUUUAAAAUAUAUUUUCAAAGUAAUAAAAAUAUUUUCUAUAUAUCUAUAUAUUUUCUUACAAGAUUACAUAAAAUAAUCAAAAUAACAGAAAAUUAAAAUAUUUUAAUUGACUAAAAAUGAAUUAUAAAUAGUAAUAUGGAGAUAUUUUAUUUAUUUUUUGCAUACUUUUUAGUUGACUAUAAAUAUAUUAUAAUUUAAACAAAAUAAAAUAGUAUCUACAAAAUUUAAUUAACGUAUAUAAUAUGAUUUGUAUAAACAAUCACAAAAAUAAAAUUUGGUAUUUCUUUUAAUAUUAAAAAAGGAAACUAAAACACUUUUUACUAUUAGCAUAUUUUUAUCUAAUAAUUAUAUAAAUAUUUUAAAAUAGCACAACUCUAGAAUAUAGAUACCUUUAGUGAACAAAAUAUUAUAAAAUAUUAAAUUUACUUUUAGCCUAAUAUUAGUCUGAUUUAUUUUGCUUUAUGUUUGUAGAACCUAAUAUACCCUAGUAAAAUUACCCUAACAAAUCGGAAUUCUCUUGUUUUAGCUUAUUUUAAAUUAAUUUUCACUUUACCUUUUAAAAAAUCUAAUUUAUAUAAUUACUUAGAAUUAUGAAGUAUUUUCAUUAUUGUAAAUACCGAUAUGUGCUCAUUAGAUUUCACAAUUUUAUCAGUAAUGUUCAUUUAUGAAAUGAUAUAUUGAUCACAGAUCAUUUUUUUCUAAUAAUUUCUUUAAAAAAUCAGCAUAUAUCAAAUUAUUAUAAUAUUACAAAAUAUACUUGUACAUAAAUGAAGAACUAAACUAAUACGAUAAAUAAAACUAGUACGAUAAAUAAAAAUAAUUUGAUUUGUCUUAAUUAAAAUAAAAAAUAAUUAUACUUUAAUUCAAAAUUGCAAGAAUAUAUAUACAUAUAUAACUAAAUAUACUCAUAAAAUUAGUAACUAAAUUAAUCCAGUUUCUUAUAUCCAAAAUCAAAGAUCUAACUAAAAUAUUAAUAUACUAUUUUAUAAUAAUAUUUUAUUUAUUUUUCUAUAUAUAAAUUAUGAGAUGACCCGAAACAUAUUAAUUAGCAAAAAAAAUAUUAAUUAUUGUUACAAUUUAGUUCUUGUAUAUAUAUAUAUAUGCAUAAGAGUUCAGAUUAUUAUCUUUAUAAUCAUUUAUUUUAAUUUGAAUAGAACAUUUUAGAUCUUUUCUGUUUUGUUCUUAAAACAAUAUGUAUUGAGUUAUACAUAAUAUUGAUAAAAUAUGUUUACAUAUCUAAUAUAACAAUCAACCUAAAUGCAGAUAACAAAAUUAAUCAAAAAUAUAAUUUAUUUUAAACUUUAAUUUGGAGAAGUAGAUAGAUUUGGACAUUCGGAUCUUGGGGUCUGGUUUGGUUAGUGCAUAUCGGGUCCGGAUCUUUCGAGUCCUAGACAGUUGUUCCUAACUAGUCCGACUAGGUAUUUAAUAAUUUUCAGUUCGGUUUGAUCCCUUUCAUGUUCGGGUUGGUUCGAGUCCAUAAGUAAAAUACAUGUAGUCUAUGUUUUCCCAAUUGACACUCUUCAACUUGCAUCCAUUUAAGCGGAAUCUUGGAGAAAAGCUAACGCAAAAAAGGAAGAGGACAAGGAUCAUGAGGACCCUCCUACUUCAAAGGUUCAGACAGUGCCCCCUUGGAUAUUUCGAUAUGUACCUGCCAAAUUGAUACUUCAUUGAUUGAUAAUAGCAAUGUAGUGGCUUAGGGUGGGGCUUUAAAGAUCAAAUUGGUUCGAAUCUUUCGGAUUACGGGUGUGCAAGAGAAGCCUCUCAGAGAUGGAAAGUUUAUUAUGGGCAACUCCAUGCAUGAGAGACAUGAGGAUAACCUCGAUCCGGUUCCAGAAAAACUAAUUAGAUCUAUUGGAUAUGACUGCGAACCCGAUGGAUUGGCCAGCAUUCGCGUCGAAAAUUGAAUUGUUCCAUAGACUACAGGAGGACUACGAGACCGUGAAUCUGACUCAUAUUCCUCCAAGUAGGAAUGGUUGAACGGAUUCAAAGCAAGAACCAGAGGUUGCAUUUUCUCCCAUAUAGAUCAAACAUGGACAUGCAGAAAUGUUCUUCGGAAAAUCGGUACGUUUGACCAGCACGUGAUCUAGUUUAAACGGGAAAGAAAUAAGAGAAGGCAUGGAGAGCAGCAACAUCCAUAUAGUCUGUUGAUAAAGACAAUUGAUAAGACUGUGACGAACAGAUUAUCUACCAUUAGGCGCCAGGGUGAUCAAAAGAUGGAGGAGGGCCUUUGAAUUUGGUUUGGAACAAGAUGAUAUGUAAAGAGGAGUUUAUACUUUCUUUAUCAUUCUAACUCAUAGUUACAUCAUAGGUAAAACAGUUUUUUGGAUGAAUAAAAUUUAACAUUUAUUCAAAAAAAAAGAAUGGCCUCUAGUCAAUCAAAAAUAUUUAAAUCAACAUAAAAAGGAGAACUAAAAAAACAAAACUCGAACAAGUUAAUGACUCACACAAACUCAACAACAACUACAUUGAUCAAAAGUUCAAAAGCUCAAUCAAGUAAUUCUUAAGAAUAAGGAUGACCUCUUCUCGGAUCCUACCUACUUUUGAAGCUAAGCAGGAAAUCUUCAAUAUAUCACAUCAAAGAUAUAUAUAAGUUUCCAUCAAUUUUUGUUUGUCAUAAAAUGCAUCAUCUUUUGAUAUAAGACUUUUCUCUCUAGAAAAAGUACUUCUUUGUAUAAAAAGUAUGGUGAAAAUGAAACUCUACUUCUCUUCAGAUUUAGACUCAACAUUUGGAGUCCAUAAUAACUGGACAUGAUGUAGGAAGCAAUGAGAUCUAUUGAUGAUGGUUGAUGUAUAUUUCUUGGCUCUGUAUCAUUUCAAGGUCUAAAAAGGACAAUCCACACAGUCUCACAUGUUCAUCUCUUUAUGCUUCAAACUCGGGGUGAAUUAUCCAUCCACUUUGAAUGUGAAAUUUUAUAAUAACACUAUAGCCAAAAGCCUCCACUUCAUCAAGAAAUUCUAAUUCAACAUCAGAAAUGCAAAGUAGGUUAACCAAAAAAAUAAAAGCCCAAUAAGCAUUAAUAAUGGUUAUAUUGACCAAAAGUACAAUUUUAUCCAUACAAAACUAGUACAACGAGUACGACAAAAACACCUCAUCAAACACAUAUUUUAAAAUAUUUAUGGUUUACUCUUGAAUUAUAAACUUUGAAUUGGAAUUGACACAUGUCAUCUUUCUAUAUUGUUUUGUAAAUAAAUCGAUAUACUCGAAUCUAACUAUAUAAAUAAGAAUGUAAAAUUAGAUUAUUUUCUUUAAAAUCUACAACGGUUACAUUGACCAAAAGUAUAACAUCUUAUCCACACAAAACUAGUAUAACGAGUACGAGUAAAACACGUCAUCAAACGAAGAUUGCAAACAGAUAUGGUUUACUCUCGGAUCAUGAAUCUUGAGUUGGCAUUGACAUAUAUCCUCUUUGUACUUAUAUAUAUAUAAUGAUUUACUCGAAUCUAACUAAAUAAAUACAAAAAAAUCCUAAAUAAUUUUCUUCAAAUCUUUUCAUCCUUUUAAAGUUUUUUUUAUGGUAUCAGAGCCAUGAAUGAUUUUUCCGAGUUUUUCACUGCUUAGAUACCAAUGGUUCGUCUUAAAUAUGUUAUAUGUCCAGAGACCACCAACUGAAAAAAAAAAUCUGCAAUUGACAACAUGAAAUCUUAAUAUUUGGAGUCUUUUACUUGUUUAGAUUUGAUUUGUGCAAGCCAAUUUUUGGGUUAAAAUAUCUUCAAAUAGCAGUGCAUUAAUCUGAAGGAUUUUACUAGCAAAAACCAUUGAAAAAGUAAAUUUUUUUCCAAAGAGAAGUGUCAUGGCUGAAGAGAUGAAUAUCGGUCAGCUGGAUGAAAAUUUGAUUCUGAAAAUCCUUUCUUUAGUUCCAAUAAAAACUGUCGUGUCAACGAGUGUCUUGUCUAAAGAAUGGCAGUCUCGUUGGAAGUCGGUGCCAAAACUGAAGUUUAAUUCUGAGGACUACCAGAGUGAACACCAAACAUUUUCAGAGACUGUGUACAAGUAUCUCCUUUCAUAUGAAGCUGAGGUUCUAGAUAGUUUUCAUCUCAGCUUUGGAUCAGAUAAAGCUGAUGCAGUAGAUGUUGUACAUUGGAUUAAAACAGCGUUUGCUCUACAUUUGCGUACAUUGGUACUCGAAUUUCUCAUCUAUCCAUACGAGGUCGACGAGUUCAUAUUUACGAGUAGCUUGUGUACUUGUGAUACACUAGUGACUUUGAAACUCGGAAGUCUGAUUCUUGUAGAUAUCCCUGCACCGGGUUCGAUGAAGUCUCUUAAAACGCUGCAUCUUAUUCAUGCGUUCUACACAAACGAUGAUUCUAUCUGUAACCUUUUAUCUGGCUGUCCUAGACUUGAAGAACUCGUUGUGGAACGAUCUUGUGAAUACAGUGUGAAAUUUUUCACUAUCAAAGUCCCUUCUUUGCAGAUAUUAAAAAUUUAUGAUGACAAUGAUGAGGACGAGUUCGUUGGAUAUGUGAUAGAUACUCCUUCUUUGAAAUACUUAGAGAUUGGAUACUUAGGAUGUCCACAGUUUUCUCUGAAUGCACCGGGGCUGGUGGCGGCAUAUAUUGGUAGCGUUUCUAAUGUAAUCAGUGAAUCUCUCGUUUCAGUCAGACGUCUUGUCUUGAAUGUAUCAACUUCGAUGACUAUAUAUCCUCCUACUGGAUGUAUCUUCUAUCAACUGGUGUAUCUACAGAUAUAUACGCAUGAACCAGGCUGGUAUGAUCUACUUACGUGGAUGCUCGAACAUUCACCGAAACUACAAGUCCUGAAGCUCGUUGGUAAAUAUAGGAUUAAUCCUGACUAUCAUGUUCUCGGCUGGGAAUGGAAUAAGCCAAAGUCUGUCCCUGAAUGUUUGUUGUCACAUCUAGAGACAUUUGUGUGGAGAAGAUACGAUUGGAAAGGAGAAAAGGAAGAAGAAGUGGCUAUAUAUCUUCUAAAGAAUGCAAGAGAGUUGAAGAAUGCGAUUUUCUCUACAGGUCCCAUUGAACCGGGCCAGCUUGACAAGUUGAAACAGAGACGUAGGACACGCAAAAAAUUGGAUGGUGUGCUGAAGGCUUCUAAUACAUGCCACCUUGUGUUCAAGUUUGAAUGA